AUGAUCCAGGCAAUACUCCCCGCUGAGUUGAUCCUGUUUGUCAUUGACUGUCUAUUGCCCUCGAUGCCCCCAGUUGUGUUCAGCCCAGGCCAUGUAAUCACUCGCACACUCCUCAGCUUGACGCUAGUUUGCAAGCUGGUCUCGCGAGCAGCAAAAAAACUGCUAUUGAAACACUGUCUCUACAUCAACUCCGCCUAUCGACUGAGUCUACUACUGAAGAAGGGCACUUUAUCCGCGAACAAUAGUCAGUCCUCGUCGACGAGACUCUUCCUGUCCCCAUUCUCAGCAAACAAUCUCAACAUCCCGCCACUCGUGCACCAAAUAAAUGAGCUAUCAGCCAUAAUAAGCGCGAGCCUAACUAGCCUUAUCAUCGACAUGCCUCUCCGCCAUCUCUAUCCUGAGGAUGACGUAUAUCAGGUACGCCCAAUCCUCCGCACCGCCUUCUCUCGUAUGGUCCAGCUCAGAGAGUUUGUUUCUAUCCGCGACGAGCUUUACCUCGAUACAUACACUAUAGACCUACAAGCGCAAGGACCAGGACAGGAGCAGAAGGAUGAGCCAGCAGUCUGGUCCCUCUGGCCGAACCUGCAGCGCCUGGCGCUGUACAACGUCGCCGUCCACUCUAGCCAGUUCAUCGAGGGCCUCCGACGGUGCUCGAACCUAACUCACCUUGUCCUUGUCCGACCCGAUGGUCUAACCGAGGAUGUAUCCCCGGAGGGAAUAGACCCAGAGUCUCUGCCGUCAUUGCAGCGGCUUAUCAUAGUAAAUACCGGAUCGGGCUUUUCGCAUACUUUCCAGGUUGAUGAGGAGACGUGGCAGAGAUCAUUUAUUGGGCUGUUGGAAGCAUCGCGGUCUUUGGGGUUGCAUGGCCCUGAGGAUAUGGACUCAAAGUCAGAUUCGGUAGCUAGCAAUCUUUCGCUGCGGACGCCAUUUGGCAGAGAUAAUGAUGAUAUUUCGAUAUGCCAGGAGUGGCUCUUGGAACAUGCGAGCAGUGGUGCAUUGUGGCGGAUGGCAGAUGAUCGGAGAGUUCUUGGUGUGACCAUGACGCCUGAGUCGUUUCUGGAUCUGGCCUAUGGAAAGCCGGACGCGUAUGGAGAGUCGGACGCGGUCCGCUGGGAAUCCAAAUCCUUAAACUUGUGGACCUGCGACGUCUGCUCCGCUGUCUUCCAGAGGGUGGAUCAUUUCAAGCGUCACUCAACAACACAUAGAACCGCUAAACCAUACGGUUGUGAUUUCUGCGGUUGCGUAUACAAACGAGGUUGCGCGAGAUCGAAGAGGUCGUGCUCCGGAGGCCAGCCAUGCUCAGAGUGUCACUCGCGCGGGAGGACAUGCUCUUACAAUCGCUUGGGAAACGCUAAUACCACUACUGCCAUGGGGCAAAGUAAACUGCGGAGGUUCCCGCGGGUGGAAGGACCCGCUGGCAGCCAGGACAUCGGUCAGCUUCUCAACCAUGCAGCCCAAGAUCGUCAACCUACAUCCGAAUCAAAUGGGACCACCUGGACUCUUGGCUCCCAGAAUUUCUAUGCUUCUGCGGACGUUUGCUAUAGGGCGUAUAGUCGACUUCACUAGCCUUUUCUAGCGCUUUUUUUGCUAAUUCACGGGCUAGCGAAGUCGACCAUUAGCUCUAUAGCAUUUCAAGCAACGGCAAGUGAAUCAUAUAUUCGUGGAGUCACGAUAUCUGAAACUGAAAUCGAAGCGGCCCAGGGGCACAGCUAACGGACCCACGGACGCGGACUCGGACUCGGCCUCCCGGGCCUGCCAAGUCCCAGUUCGCAUAAUCCAAAAAAUGAUUCGCCAAUACGUCAGUGCCAGCCCCCAGUAUCUGAUAUCGCUUACAACGGCUUCCUACUGGCUACUGGCCUCGGAGCCAUGCGAAGAUCACCUCCAAGGUAAACUUCUACAUAAGUAGGUUGAGAAUGGGAUGGGUCAGAUAGAUCGUAUAAAUACACAAGGCUGCCCGCCUAAUG